GCGCGUCGACGCCCCCACUGUGAGGCCCUCCAGGCGUGCCGCGGGUCCUUCGCCUCCGGGCGCCCCAGCCCUCUCGGGUGCGCAGCCAGGAAAGCGCGGACGUCGGUGACCCGGCGCAGCUCGGCCCGGCGCGGGGCACCCCGCGACCCCCAGGGGCCGGCCGGCCACGUGGCGUUCCUCGCGCGUCCCCGGAGAGCCGGAGCCGUGCGCCCAGAGGGGAGGAGCUGUCCCCGGGCCGGGCGCGUCCAGGGCGGAGGGUGACGCACAGCUGCCGGUGGCGGCGGGAGCACUUCGGGUGCAGCCCCCAGCUCCCCAGCAACUUCGUGAAGCAGGAUCGUCCCACUCAGCUCUGGGUGCUGUCACCUAGCCACUUCUCUGCCAAUGAAGUACAUCCUAGUCACCGGGGGGGUGAUCUCGGGCGUCGGUAAAGGGAUCAUCGCCAGCAGCAUCGGGACCUUACUAAAGUCAUGUGGGCUCCGAGUCACUGCUAUCAAAAUCGACCCCUACAUUAAUAUUGAUGCUGGUACAUUCUCACCCUACGAGCAUGGUGAGGUGUUUGUGUUAAACGAUGGUGGAGAAGUUGACUUGGACCUUGGGAACUACGAAAGGUUCCUGGAUAUCAAUCUCUGUAAGGACAAUAACAUCACCACUGGGAAGAUCUAUCAGCAUGUCAUCGACAGAGAACGUCGCGGCGAAUACACGGGGAAGACGGUGCAAGUCAUCCCUCACAUCACAGAUGCCGUCCAGGAGUGGGUGAUGAAUCAAGCCGUGGUGCCUGUGGACGGCCAGCAGGAGGAGCCCCAAAUAUGCGUGAUCGAGCUGGGUGGCACCAUUGGGGACAUUGAAGGAAUGCCAUUUGUGGAAGCCUUUAGGCAGUUCCAGUUCAAGGCCAAACGAGAGAAUUUCUGCAACAUCCACGUCAGCCUGAUCCCACAGCCCAGCGCCACGGGAGAGCAGAAAACCAAACCCACACAGAACAGUGUCCGCAUGCUGAGAGGCUUAGGCCUGUCUCCUGAUCUGAUCGUCUGCCGCAGCGCUACGCCCAUCCAUAUGGCCGUGAAGGAGAAGAUCUCCAUGUUUUGCCACGUGAGCCCUGAGCAGGUGAUAAGUGUCCACGACGUGGCUUCCACUUACCGAGUGCCUAUGAUUUUGGAGGAGCAAGGCGUCAUCAGUUAUUUCAAAGAGAGACUGAGUCUGCCCAUUAGCGAUUCUACAAGCAGCUUGCUUUUGAAGUGGAGAAAUAUGGCUGACAGGUAGGUGAGAGGAACGGCCG